AUGUCGUACACUAAGUUUGUUGCACCCUUGGUCAGGGCAAACUCCGGCAACAUCAGAAAACUGUCCGUUUCGUCUGUGAGAUGUCGCUCAACAGUCGCAUCCACCAAAACUCGAGAAGAGAAGGAGCAGCAGCAGAUGGAUGGGUGCACCGUGGUGGAAGCUGCGCCGGUGGAAGUCAUCAGUCAGACCAAAAAUGUUGCAAACUCUCAGCUUAAUAAAAUCCAUAUUGACUUCGAUAACACGCGGGAAGCCUAUAAAAGCAAGGGUAACAUUGAACUGCUCCGGAGUCUGCUGGUCUUCAAACUGUGCACGUUUGACAUCCUGGUUGACAAAAACAAAGAGUUGAUGGAUCUGGGUAGGAAGCUGCUUGGAAAGUGGAUGUUUGAGAAGCUGAUGAAGAUGACCUUCUAUGGACAGUUUGUGGCCGGGGAAAACCACAACACCAUCAAACCUUUAAUUCGGAAGAAUGAGGCCUAUGGUGUGGGGGCAAUUUUGGACUAUAGUGUGGAAGAAGACUUGACACAAGAGGAAGCAGAGAAGAAGGAGAUGGAUUCAUGUGUUUCUGAGGCAGAGAAAGAAAGUCCAGGCAGGGAUCAUCGUGAGAAGAAGUACAAGGCCCAUCGUCAGUUUGGAGACAGGCGUGGGGGAGUUAUCAGUGCACGAACCUACUUCUAUGCAGAUGAAGCCAAAUGUGAUUACCAAAUGGAGACAUUCAUAAACUGCAUUAAAGCCUCUGGUGGAGCCUCUAAUGAUGGCUUUUCUGCUAUCAAACUGACUGCACUGGGACGCCCACAGUUCCUUCUCCAGUUUUCUGAAGUCCUGGUUAAAUGGAGGCGGUUCUUUAACUUCCUCGCAGCGCAACAGGGAAAAUCUGAAAUGAUGGUUUUGGAACAAAAGCUGGAGCUGGAGCAACUCAAGGAAAAUUUGACUCAGCUGGGUGUUGGAGCCAAAGACGACAUUGAUAACUGGUUUACUGGAGAGAAGCUGGGUUUGUCAGGAACAAUAGAUCUGUUGGACUGGAACAGUUUAAUAAAUGACACAACAAAGAUCUCCAAUCUCUUUAUGGUGCCAAACCUUCAGACUGGCCACCUGGAGCCUUUGUUGAAUAUAUUCACAGCAGAAGAAGAGAGGCAGAUGAAGAGAAUGCUGCAGAGAGUGGAUAUUCUAGCCAAGCAUGCCGUAGAGAACGGGGUGAGGCUAAUGGUGGAUGCUGAGCAGACAUACUUUCGACCAGCUAUCAGUCGCCUGACCCUGGAAAUGCAGAGGAAAUUCAACAGAGAAAAGCCAAUUAUUUUCAACACCUACCAGUGUUACCUCAAGGAAGCCUAUGACAAUGUAACCUUGGACGUUGAGCUGUCUCGGCGGGAGAAUUGGCACUUUGGUGCCAAACUUGUUCGCGGAGCCUACAUGUACCAAGAGAGGGCCAGAGCAAAGGAAAUUGGAUAUGAGGAUCCAAUAAACCCAGACUAUGAGGCCACAAACAGGAUGUAUCAUAAGUGUUUGGAGUAUGUGCUGGAGGAGAUUGAACACAGCAGGAAAGCAAAUGUCAUGGUUGCAACUCACAACGAGGACACAGUGAAGUUCACUCUCGACAAGAUGAAUGAGAUGGGUCUGUCACCCACUGAGAAUAAAGUUUUCUUUGGACAGCUGCUGGGGAUGUGUGACCAGAUCAGCUUCCCACUAGGCCAAGCAGGUUUUCCAGUCUACAAAUACAUUCCAUAUGGCCCCGUCAACGAAGUAAUCCCCUAUCUGUCCCGCCGUGCUCAAGAGAACCGUGGCUUCAUGAAGGGAUCCCAAAGAGAGAGGAGCCUGCUGUGGAAGGAGCUGAAACGCAGACUGCUGGCUGGUCAGAUUAUCUACAAGCCUGCUUACUGAAUCAUAGGACCAGAACAUACACACAACAUGCAAUAUGUUUGUAGGCAUUCCACUCUUAGUAUACCUCUGUGCUAGCUGCUCUUUGUAGCUGAGAAUUGUCUUUCCUAGUUUGCUAGACCACAGAGCAUGAAAGACUAUUUUCAGCUUUUCUGACAGGUAUUUUAAAUAUUUAAGUAUUAAUGUAAUACAGUGGUGUUAAAAUAUUGUAGCAGAAUAUGUUAUAUUCUAUUAAAAUAUGAAUAUACUAUGUGUUUAACUUGUAAACUGUCCAUGAUAAUUCUUAUGGUGAGCACACAUUAAAACUCCCUCUUCUUUUUUUUUUUAAUAGCUUAAUGUGUGCAUUUCUGAAUAGUGGCCUUCUCUAAUACACAACAUGAAAUUAUUCAGUGGAAGAUGCGAAAGUAUAUUAUGUGCGUUUGAAUGCCAAAGUUGGCCUACUUGUGUACAUAAAAGCCAUCCUGUGCUUUUUAAAAUGACACGUUUGCAUGUUGUGUUCAAUGUUGUGUUGAGUUAAAAGAGAAAUUGCCUUAUUGUUAUGGUUGUUUUAACAGGAUUAACUGGAAGCAGUCGGCUGCUGUCGAUUGGUUUUGCUUUUUUCUUACUGUACGCCACUCCAAAGGGUGAAUUAGGGUUUAUAUUGUGACUUUGUAUGAACAUAUAGUUAUCCUGCAUUAUAGCAACUUUAAUUAUAAAAAACUGCAUAGAUUUUUAACAAUCUAUAUUUCUAUGUGAUUUUUAAUUAUAAUCAGUUCUACACAAGUGUAAACAAUAAAUUUUGCAUCCCAGGAAAGCUGAUCCCCCCCGUUUCAGUGUCUCAUGACCGCUGCACAAAAGACUAAGGGCAGAUGAAAUGCAGAUGCCUGCAGGCAAGAGAACUACCUAUUCUUUUGAAGCAAAUGUUUGCAGUGUCCAACCUUCAUUUAGUCUCUGACAAAACAAACAGAGAGCUACUCCUUUUGAUUUCUUUGAGGAAUCAUUAACGU